AUGGAUGUGGAAUUUUUGAAAUCCAAAUUUCAAGAUAGCUAUGAUGGCGUCAUUACAAAAACAAAGUUCAAAAUAGGAGUCCGUCAUGUACAAAUGUUGUACAUGUUCCUGAGUACUGUCGUAAUGGGAGCAAUGCGUGGUUGUAUUGGAAUUGAAGUAUUGGCGAUAGUCGAUUCCACGCGACGCAAUGACUCAUACAUUCAUAUACAUGACUGGGACAGGCGAGUUCAAGGAACAAUUAUAUCAUCUUUCUUCUUUGGAUAUGCACUCAUGUUGAUUCCAGCUGAAUUUUAUUUGAAGAGACUCGGUGAUAAGUUUGUAAUAACAUCCGUGCUUUUAAUUAACGGCGCUUUAAGUGCUGCGAUGCCCACAAUAGUUAAUAGGGGUGGAUGGGCUGCGAUGUGCAACGCCCAUUUUCUAAUGGGUAUGACGCAGGCAUGCAUAUCGCCUAUUAACCAAGUACUAUUGUCUAAGUGGCUGCCACCAAUUGAGAGAAACACAAUUGGUUGUUUAAUUGAUACAGGACUAUACUUGGGAAUUAUUUUCGCUAUACUAGUAGCUGGAUUACUCUCCGAGACACGCUUAGGUUGGGAGCUUAUUUUUUAUUCUCAAGCGAUUAUAACUCUUUCAAUGGCUGUGAUAUGGGGUCUACUUACCGCUUCUUCACCCGAAGAGCACCAAGCUGUUGGUGAUUCCGAAAAAGAGUAUAUAAAAGAGACUUUGGCUUGCUAUCGUAAGAAACGUCUGCAAAAGCCAUGGCGCAGUAUUCUCCGGUCACGACAAAUUUGGGCAAUCUUAUGCUCACACGCAGCCAGCAAUAUCUUGUUCGUCUUUUAUUUAGUUGACGUUCCAUUGUAUUUGAAGUUUUUAGGACUAACAUUGAAAGAGUGCGCACAGCAUACGAUGUUUGCGUUUAUUGCUUUAUGGUUUAUGUAUACAACCACGGCUCCAAUCGUCGAUUGGUUUUUCAAAACUGGAUUCGUAACUUACUUAUGCAGUGUGACAAACGCAAGGAAAUUAGUGAAUGCUCUAGGAGCUUUCUCAAUUGUAAUUGGAUUAAUGAUUUUGCCAAAUAUCACGGUCGAGUGGCCUUAUUUAAGAAUAUCAGUAUUAAUUGGUACACUGGGAAUACUCGGGUUUCAAUAUUCUGGUUUCCUGGAAAAUCUUCGCGACAUCAGUCAAAAUUAUUCUGGUACUUUAAUUGUAGUGUCCAGUUCCUUUGCGAGCAUGCUAGCGGCGGUGACACCACUGAUCAAUGGACUCAUUCUUAGGACUGAAGUGGAAGAUCCAAGCCGUUGGAGAAUCUUGUUAUCAUCUAUCGCCGGUGUUUAUGCAUUUUGCAAUAUAAUUUAUACCGCUUUCGCCAGCAGUGACCGAAUGGACUGGGACGAUAUUGGCAAACAUAAAUUUGGUUAUCACAACUCUGCAAUUGCUGAUAAUGAUACAAAUGAACUAGAACUACACGAAAUAAAUCACAAGGAAACUAUUGUAUCAAAUCUGGAAGACGAUACUGCAAUAUAA